UAAAAAUUAAGUAGUAUUAACACAGAUAUAUUGUUUAUUUGAGUUGUCUGGUGUUUAACAAGAUAAAAUGUAAAGUGUAUGUGUUUACAAAACAUAUGUAAAUUAGAAGCAAACUGUAUCCAUUUCACGUUGCGCUACAGAAAAUCAUCGUUCAUCUUCCUCUCAGUGUGCAGUGAUAUUGAAACAUCAGCGAGGAGCUGUGACAGCAGUUAUGAACAUGAGUUUGUUUGUGCUGCUUCUGCUGUCAGGACUUCUUUGCAGCGCUUCUGGUCUUUGGCGAGAGUAUCAGUACAUAAAUAUAAGUAUGACAUGGACAGACGCUCAGAGUUACUGUAGAGAGAGAUUCACUGAUCUGGCUACUGUAGACUCAAUGGAUGAUAUGAACAGGAUGAUGAAUACAGUGAAUGAUGGGUACAGUGGAUCAGUCUGGAUUGGACUGCAGAAGGGAACAGAGAGUAAUUGGGUUUGGUCAAAUGGAGAAGAUAACAUUUCAUACAUUCCAUGGAAUAUAGGAGAACCUAAUGGUGGAAAUUGUGCUAAUUUUAUCAAUAAUGCUUGGUUCGAUUAUUGGUGUGUAACCGAAUUACGUUUUGUGUGUUACAACGAAGCUACUGGAUACAUCAAAAUAGAUUCUUUGAAAAACUGGACAGAUGCUCAAAGUUACUGCAGACAGUAUCACACUGAUCUUCCCACCAUCCACGACUCUGAAGAGCAGAAGCAGCUAUAUGCAGCGGUUAAUUAUGAUGGGAAUUGGUACUGGAUUGGUCUGUACAAGGAAUCUUGGCAGUGGUCUGAUCAGAGGAACUUCACCUUUAGAAACUGGGCAGCAGGACAUCCAUUCAUAAAUUCUGGUGACUGUGCUGCCAUGUCAACAAUUGAUUCUGGAAAAUGGGUUCGAUACAGCUGUGACCAACAGUACCCUUUCAUCUGCUAUGGAGAGGACAAGUUAGUUAAAAGACAGACAGUGAGACUAAACUUGUCCAAUAAUGGAAAUCUCAACUUGAAUGAUCCUACGGUACAGACUGCUAUUCUGAACAAGCUAAGUGAAAAGCUAAAGAUCAUGGGGCUGGGAGGCUUGAGGAGCAUAAGCUGGAGAACGGAUAAAGAUGGAAAGAUGUUUCAUCUGACUAGCAAACGAAAAAAGGCUAAUUUUGAUAAUGUAUGUAAAUAUAUUAGGAACUAAUCAUCAAUGUGUUUCUGUAACUUUAAAACAUACUGUACUCUGAGAAUAUUAAAUGAAUUGUGUCAUAUUUCAGACAAAAACAAUUUGAGUUAUUUUAGAAAAUGUCCUGGCUCUUUCAAGCUUUGUAACGGUAGAAAACUAGAAGCUAUUAUUACAGUUUAUACAUUUUUGAAUAUGCAUAUUUUCCCUACAAAAUCACAUGGAUUUUCCUCAGAAGACCUUUCACUAAACCCCCUGAGCCAUGUGGAUUACUUCUGUGUAGGAUGGAUGCACUUUUUGGGGCUUGAAAGUGGUGGACUUUUAUAAAGCUUGGAAGAGCAAGGACAUUUACGAAAACAACUCAAAUUGUGUUCGUCUGAAAGAAGAUGAACAUGUGUAUCUCAAAUGGCUUGAGAGUGAGAAAUUCAUGGGGUAAUUUUCAUUAUUUGCUGGAGUACCGCUUUAAGCUCUUUAUGAAUACAAUGCAUAGUUUGCUUUGGUGUGUGUAGUAGAUACAAUAAUAUAUUUCCUAUAUGUAAUAGAAAUUUAAUUUACAUUUUUAGUUAGUUUAUUAAUAAAACUUUUAGUUAUUAAGAAAUAAGAAGUUAAUCUGCUGAUAUUCUGAUUUCUGAAGAAUAACAAGAACAGAUCACAUGAGUAUUUAUAAACUGUAAAUGCAUAUAAAUUAUGACAGAUUCAAUUUACUUUGCCUAACCUGAGAAUAAUAAAAACAAGGCAAAACCUUGUUAUAUUAUUUAUAUAAUUAUUAUAUUGCAUUUUUGGGAGAUAUCUAUACUGUGAAUAUUGAAAUACACUUUAAUACACUACACUUCAAUACGAUCUACUGGUUGUUUUUAGUGUAAGGUAAAUUUUGCAUGUGCCUGAGUAAAAAUCUAAUGGAAAUGAAGCAUGAAUUUGCAUUUGACUAGGAAAAACAAAACACGAGAGGAUUUUCAACUCAUUAAAUAAAUCCACAACAUACAUGCAUAAUUAAAAUUGAUUUGUAAUUACAAUGCUUAAUAUAAAGGCAUUUUCCAUUUCUGUCAUUUUCAUUUAUGUUUACUUCAAGCAGGAGAUGAUGUUUUUACAUGUACAGGACAGUAUGCAGAAACUGAAUGGUAUUACAUCUCAGAAACACAAAAACUGAAUGUCUUUUCGGUUUCAUGAACAGUACUAGUCUAGGGAUACUAAAUAAUGUUUUAAAAGUGGACUCAAUUUUGUUGUUUUUGAUAACUUUUUCUUUCCUAUUGUUUUUAAACAAAGCCACAACAAACAUUCUUAAAAUUAAAGAAAUACCAAAAAUGUCAAAUACUGUAUUGUGAUUUUCAUUUUUGUUUUGAUUUAGAUUGUGCUCAGUAAUUCACUUGCUUUGAUUAUUGAAUGGGUAACACUAUUCAUGUUAGCUAAUACAUUAACUAAUGUUAACAAAUACAUCAUUAUGGUGUUUAUUUGGUGUCUUAACACGCAUCUGUGGCGUGACAGCAGUAAAGCUCAUUUACAUAGGCUACACUCAUUUUAAUACACAAAGCAAGAGCUAUGCAAAAACAGUGAUGUAAAAC